AUGCGGUUCUGCCUGGCGCCCGACACCCGCCGCAAGAUCAUCGAGUGCUUCUUCCCUGACCCAGACGAGCACGCGGCAAUCUACAAAGACCUCCACCAGCACCCCGAGCUGCCAUGUCAGGAGCAACGCACCGCCUCCGUCGUCGCCUCACGGCUCGAAACCCUGGGCUUCUCCGUCCAGCGGCACAUCGGCGGCCACGGCGUCGUCGGCCUCCUCCCCAACGGGCCCGGCGCUACUGUCCUCCUGCGCUCGGAGCUCGACGCCCUCCCAAUCAGCGAGGCGACGGGCCUCCCCUACGCAAGCAAGGCUGAGCAGGUUGACGCCGACGGGAUUAAAAAGGGCGUCAUGCACGCCUGCGCACACGAUAUGCACAUGACGUGUCUCCUGGGCGUGGCGGCGCUCCUGCACAGCGCGCGGGCCCUGUGGUCUGGCACGCUGAUCGUCCUCUUCCAGCCGAAUGAGGAGCGCCUGCUCGGCGCAAAGGCCAUGGUCGAGGACGGCCUGUUCGGCAAGAUCCCCCUGCCUAGCGUGUGCUUGGCGCAGCACUGUGUGCCCACCAAGAGCGGCACGAUCGCCGUCAAGCCCGGCCGGGUGCUGGGGUUCUUGGACUCGCUGGCUGUGCGGGUUUACGGGCGCGGCGCGCACGGGGCCACCCCGCAGCUCGCGAUUGAUCCGAUCGUGCUGGCAGCGAGUAUUCUCACGCGGCUGCAGAUGGUUGUGGGGCGCGAGAUGGACCCCAAGGACCCUGUUGUUGUUGGCUGUGGGGUGAUUCGUGCGGGGACGGACGCGAGCAUUAUCCCGGACUUUGCAGAUUUCACUCUUGAUGUGCGUAGCUUUUCGGAGACUGCGCAGAAGGCCGCCAGGGCUGCUGUGGAGAGAAUUAUCCGAAAGGAGUGUGAGGCUUCUGGGGCGACGAGGGCGCCGCGGAUUGAGACUGCGGUUAGCAGUCCGGCUAUUGACAAUGAUGUGAUCGCGACGGCGAGGUUCACGCGGACGUUGCAGGCGUACUAUGGGAGUCGAGCGGCGGAGGUCGUGCAGGAGAUGCCACCGGACAUCGUUGCGGAUGAUUUUGUGCUUCUCGCGCUGCCGCCUGGGAAGGAGCCAAUUCCGUAUGUGUACUGGAACAUUGGGGUGACGGAUCCGGAAACCUGGGAGAAGGCGAACCGCGAGGGCAAGCUGUGGGACUUGCCUCCGACGCAUAGUGCCACUUAUGCGCCGGUGAUUGAGCCUACUCUGCGGACAGGAAUCGAGGCAUUGGCUCUCUCUGCCCUGACAUUUCUCGACGUGAAUAGUGAGAUAUAG